AUGGCGGGAACUGGCUUGAUUGUCACGCUAUUCCCAUUACUGUGCUGGAUCCCCAUGGGAAGAGCCAAGGCAUGGCAGGAGUCUGCUCGUUGCGGUGAUGUCACCUCAUCAGAGAACUCGUUCCUCUGCAAAUCCCAAUCCAGACUGGAGCUGGGCUCUCCCCUGAUCACCCCAAGGGAAUCCGCCCACAGCAUCAACAGCAGGUGGUGGAGGGUGGGAAAAUAUAUAAAGCUCCCUGGGAGCAGCUCUCUGGACCUGUCCUGGCUGCCUGGAUCUGCUCUCAGCAUGAAGAAAAUCCUGGUGGGAUUCCUGCUGGGCCUGGCAUUCGUGGAGUUGGCCCAGUCCCUGCGAUGUUACACGUGCAAGGAGCCCACUGACAUUUCCAAAUGCAAGACGGCCGUCACGUGCUCCCCGAAAGCCACCGUGUGCACCACGACGCUGCACUCCGUGGAGAUAGGUUAUCCCUUUUUUGGCAACAUCACCGUGACCAGAGCCUGUGAGGAGGAAUGCCUCCCCGACAAUGGGAUAGGGUCUUCCAGGCCCAAAUCCUGCUGCUACACCGACCUGUGCACGGAUGACACCAAGAGCAGCAGCGGGGUGAGGAGCAGCUCCACAGCGCUGGCUCUGGUGGCCGUGGUGGCUGGCAUGGUCCUCCAGUGCUCCCUGUGAGGUCACAAGAGUCCCAGCUCCAGCCGAAAGCCCACCACUCUCCCUGCCAAGCUGCCUCAUGAACUCUUAGACGCUUUGGGAAUGUCCUUCUUCGCUGACGUGCAGCUUCACCCCGUCUUCAACGCUGGAUUCAAGCCAAGAGUUUGGACACCUGGACUUAAACCCCCACAAAUCUCCAGUUUCCAGCUGUUUAAGCAGAUGUUCCUCACCUUCAGCUGCUUCUGGUUGUCAGGACCCACAGAGAAUGGGUUGGGCUGGAAGGAACCUUCAAGAUCAUCCAGUUCCCACCCCCUGCCAUGGGCUGGGACACCUUCCACUAUCCCAGG